AUUUUUCCAAUAAUACCCACACAAUCACAUUUAAUUCUUUUGUCAUUUUCGAUGGGUUAUACAUAUAUUUAUCUCAUAAUUUUCGUGAAUACUUAUUAAACUUAACUAUAGUGAGUGCGAAAGUGACAGCAAAAAACAAGUUGCAAAUGUCAAAUACAAAAAUUAAUUCUGUGAAAAUCUCCAAGCAAAAAGAAAAACGUAUUCACAAAUCCUUUGCAGCUUGUGGAUGUGCCGGAGAUGGAGUAUUUCGCCAGUCAAAACACUGGGGAGGUGUGCGUGCGCAGUUCUAACGUAUUCCACGGUUAUUACAAAGAUCCCGAGAAAACUGCUGAGGCUGUUGACUCUGAAGGCUGGCACCACACGGGCGAUGUGGGCAUGUGGCUUCCAAAUGGCACGCUGCGCAUAAUCAAUCAUCGCAAACACAUUUUCAAGCUAAGCCAGGGCGAAUAUAUUGUACCGGAGAAAAUUGAGAAUAUUUACACUCUGAGCCAAUAUGUAAAUCAGGUGUACGUUUACGGAGAGAGCCUUAGGAGCUGCAUCAUAGCCGUCGUCGUGCCUGAUGUGGAUGUUCUCAAGCAGUGGGCGAACGACAAUCGCGUCAAGGGCACACUUUCGGUGCUAUGCAUGCAAUAAUCCACAAGUAAAAGAACUCAUGCUGAAUUGGGGUAAGCAGAGCGGACUGAAAUCCUUCGAACAGGUCAAGGAUAUAUAUUUGCAUCCCGAUCCGUUUUCGGUACAAAAUGGACUACUCACACCAACAUUCAAAGCGAAGCGGCCACAAUUGAACAAAACAGU